AGGAGUUAAGCCACUCGGGGCUGAACACUUGACGUGUCUUAAGGGUGGACAGCAAAGGAAACAGAUUAUGCACGACUCAGUGAAGGACGAGUGAACACAAAUAUAGAGGAUAUAAGGUUGUUACAUAAAAAAUUGUAUUAAUUUUAUUGGUUAAUUAUGACAGACACCAAUAGACUCAUAAACACUUGACAGCUGAAUUGAUAUCAGUAACAAACAAAGGAAAUGGGCAACUCCUCAGUGAAGGAAGCUGCCGAGGAAGCCAAAGGGAACCGCAGCUUAAACCUGUCGUGCAAGCUGACCCCCAAGCAGUAUGUCAAGCACACUUCAGGAGAGUUUAUUGAAGGGUGUCUGCUGGCUCUGCCUUGGGAGAUCUACUACAACACAGUCUCUAUGUAUGAGAAUGUCAAUGCCAGCUUCAACUUUAUCAGUGAGAUUCCUGAGGAGCUAAGUCUUCAUGUCCCCCACCUGAAGUUUCUCAACUUGAGCCACAAUCAGAUCACAUCUCUGCCACACUCCUUCAGUCUCCUGCUCCACCUGCGAGUGCUUGACCUCUCCUACAACAGAUUCAAGGUGGUGCCAGAGGCUCUCACUGGCCUCGAGAAGCUGCACACCCUCAACCUUGCCAAUAAUAAUAUCACCGAGCUCCCAGUAACCUUGGCAAAACUUACAAGUCUUGAAAAAUUGAACAUAUCCAACAACUGUUUGAGAGCACUUCCUGGAAGCCUGGUGGAGUGUCCCAAACUCCAUGUGUUAGUUACUCAAGGAAAUGAGCUCAUUCACCCACCACAAGCAAUCUGUGAUACUGGCUCAGAGGCUACACUUCUCUUUCUCAGAGAGAGACAUUUGCAACAAACAAGACCAGCAGCCAAGUUGAGUAUCUUUACUCGGGUGAGAGGAGUACAGGUGGUGGCCAGUGUCAGUAACCCAGAAUCGGCCAGCAUGGAGUACCGUCAGGCUCAGGGAAUGUCACGCACCAACAAGCUCAAGUGUCCAUUGAUGCCACCAGCCUGUGCUACAAGCCUUACACCUGACCAGCUGACUGACUCAUUGCUUGGACUGUUGUAUGGUGUGGCCAUCAGCGAUGCAAUGGCUCUCAACACAGAAGGACUCACCGUUGAUGAGUGCAACUUUUUCUAUGACUCCGAAAACUUCUCCCUAGAAAACAGAAUCAGCGACUACCUACGGACACAUUUUCCCCCACACGACUGGUCCUCCAACACAGACAUCAUGUUGCUGACCCUGGAGUCCAUGAUGCGGUGGGGAGGAGUGGUGGAUGAGCUGGAGCUGGCGUGUCAGCUGGACCAGUGGAGGAUUCACGGCUCACCAGACCUGGACCCCAUGCCUGGAUACUUCCUGUCACCAUUUAUGAAGAAAGUUAUAACAACAGAAGGAUAUUCAGCAAACCCUCAUGGAGUUGCUGAAGCUGUUUAUAAACAAGUCAAGGAUGAGAUGUCAAGAGGAAUUUACCUCACCAAUUCCCAUGACAACUCGUGUCUUCCAUCAUCUCUUGUUUUAGGAAUACCAUGUUUCUACAAACACCAUGAAGUGGAGAUGAAUGCUGAGAGAAUUUGCAAAGCUUCACAUUCUGACCCAGUUGUGAGGGCCACUUGCAUAUUUUUGUCACUGUUAGUGGCAUCACUCCUGCAGGGACAGAAAACAAAAGAUGUUCCAGUCCUUGGUCUUGUCAAGGAGCUAAUGCAGAAGGUGGAGGAAACACUGACAGACAAAAGUGAAAAGGAGAGGUUCCAGGCAGCUUUCCACACCCACUAUGAAAAGUUUUCACACAGGUGUGAUGUGUUGACAACCUUACAGAUGUUGAUGUUUGUUCUCAGCAGUAAGCAGCUUGACUUCAAGGAACAUAUCACCAGGAUUGUAAUGCAGGGAGGAGAGGGGGUGUGUGUUCAUGCCAGUGUGGUGGGAGGGGUUUUGGGCCUCAUUCUUGGCUAUUCAAAUCUCCCACAAGACUGGCUCAUCCAGCUUCCUCAAGAAAAUAUUAAGUUUUUGAACUCUAAGUUAAAUUUGUUACUUGACCUCUUUGGUUUGCCUUGAAUGAAGUGACAUAUUACCUUAUGCAGAUGUAAAGUUAAUAUUUCAGAUUAUGUAUUACAGUUAAUUAUUGAAUUCUUUAGUUCAUGCAUCACUAUAACUGGAUAGAAAGAGAUUGGCAUAAGAUGUUUUGUCUGUGCCUUGAUGCUCAAAGUGGCAGCCACAACAUAGCAUCCUCACCUGUCUUCCCUCACUUGCCACAGUCCUUUCAUUCCUGUUUGGAGUCCUUUUGUCUUCCCUCAACUGCACUUGCUCAGAAGGCAUAUGGUCUUCCUCUACAAUGUGACUCGUACACAUUUUUAAUCAAUAAAGUGAUGUUCUUACUGAACCACCUCAGUAAUAUUCCAUUCAAGCAUUUAAACCACUCCACAGUUCACAUAUUGACAUGUAGCAAUCCUUUAUAUUUUGUGCAUGUGUGUGAAAUGCUGUGCUCCUUGGAGCUUCCUCUGAAGAGACAGCUGUGAGAGACAAGUUCCUGUGUAACAUCAGCACCAUUCUGUUGAUCCUUGAAUGUCAGUCUUCUUACACAAGAGAGGUAUAAUUGGGGUGAGAGUGAUGGGAUCAGUAAAGAGCAGCAAGUGAGCUGCAUUUGUGGUGUUGUGCAAUAAAGGUGCCAGAAUUGACACAUUUCACUUUGGCAGUGUCCUGUGAUGGGCAUUGUUAUGUUACUCACUCAGGCUUUAUUUCAUGGACCAAUGUGGAAACUUACUGUGAUAUACUGUUUUCCUUUUAAUUGGGGUUGAUCUAUACAGAAAUGACUAGUUCUGUCAUGAUCAGUGUUCAGUAAUGUUCUUUGUAUUCAAGACACCACUUGAUUUUUAUAUCACUGAGAGCAUUUCUUGUUCAUACUUGUAUUCAUUGUAAUAGAAAUGCCUCAUUUUGUUUUAGUUUUAAGGUGACAUAACUAUGUGUCUUGUCAUCAUAAACUAUGUACAUUAUGCAGCCUCUUGUAUGUUGCAAAUAAUUGGUCUCCAAGAAGUCUUGAAAAACAUAUCAGGAAUUAAAAUGGGUGAUGGUAUGUAGCAUCCACACCACCCGUGUUAACACUCCUAUUAGAUAUGAGCAAUUCAGACUUCCAUGCCUCUGCCUUCCUGAUCACUGACACUUUUGCAAAGAAAGUACUGUAAGAUAAGAGCAUUAGUCCUCAAACAAGAUUGCAGGCAAUGCUACAUAAAGCUGUGGCCAAGGCAGGCAACACAAAUACCAACACCCACCAUUUCCUUUCUUCCUCACCUUACUGAAUGACUUCAGGCAUUCUCUCUCUCUCUCUCUCUCUCUCUCUCUCUCUCUCUCUCUCUCUCUCUCUCUCUCUCUCUCUCUCUCUCUCUCUCUCUCUCUCUCUCUCUCUCUCUCUCUCUCUCUCUCUCUCUCUCUCUCUCUCUCUCUCUCUCUCUCUCUCUCUCAUCGUAUCACAAGCAUUGCUCCAGGCAAUACUAUCCAUGGCACAGGCAUGAUGCUCAGUACAAUAGAUCCACCUUACUUGUUUGCUUGACUGGGAGAGCUGUCCGUAUCCUCCAGAAGCCCCUAUGGAGGCUGACAUGUCUUCAGGGAGAGCAGGAGAGAGAGAGAGAGAGAGAGAGAGAGAGAGAGAGAGAGAGAGAGAGAGAGAGAGAGAGAGAGAGAGAAUAGCAGAAUAGAUUCAGGUGUGUGGAUUGGGUGGACUGGUGCAGGAGGCUGAUGGAUGACCUACCUGUGCCCAUGGACUGUAUGGGUUAAUUCAGUGAGGGCCAUGCAGGGAUCAAGGCGAGAUGGAGAGUGGAAGUACUACACAAAACUUGAAUUUUAGGACCCAAUAAUGUAUGAUGCAAGAAUCUGCAACACAGUCACAUUGCUUCUUGGUAAUGUUUAAGGUGCAGCUCCUUAUUUCCAAAUGCUGAUAUAAGAAAUGUAUUGUAAGGCCCCAUCCACAUGAUUGUAAACACUGUUCAUCCAUUCAUACACUGCAGCAAACAGUUGUACUACCAAACAGAUGGCCUUAACUGGUGAUGUCACUCAACCAUGGGCAUGGACACUGUUGGUUUCCCCCUAAAUUUUAUCUUAACAAUGGGCUUCAAGUGAGUGCUGAUCAGGCAGUGCUCAGUCAUGUGGAUGGGGCAUAUUUUUAAUCUGCUUGUUUACCAUUUUUUACAUGAGCCUGUGUAAGGUUGGUAUAGGGUUGGUUGGCAUUGACUUGAUAUAAUGUUACUUUUUAUUAAAAAAUAUUUGUUUCCUAUAUACA